GUAGAACAAAUAUGGGGCGUAAGAAUUGAUAAAAGUACAGUAACAAGAAUUUUACAAACCAAAGAAAAAUGGCUUUCUAGUAAUCAAAUUAAUUCAAUACAAAAUUUUAAAAAGUGUAAUGGAAUUCAACAAAUAAAGCUUCAAGGUGAAGCAGCAUCUGCAAAUGAAAUUGCUAUUAAAGAAGCAAUUCCAUUAUUACAAAAUAAAUGUGCAGAAUAUACAUGUGAUUGGAUUUAUAAUAUGGAUGAAACAGAACCAGACUAUACAUUGGCAACUCGUAGACUUUCUGCACUUUGUCUUCCCAAUGCAAUGGAUGUAAAGGAAUUUCUUUUGAUGCCAGAAGAAAAUAUCAUUUAUGAAGUUUUAGAAGAUGACAAAAUUAUUACUGAACUUGUUAAUAUUUUUAAAAACUCAGAUGAAAAUAAUGAAAAUACUGAAGAAUCUGAUGAUAGUAUUGAACCAAUUAUUAUUGAUAUUAAUACAGCAUUUAAAAGUUUAGAAAAUGUACAAAUGUUUUUACUUCAACAAGAAAAUUCAGAAAAACACAAAGUAGUAGCUGUUGAAGUCGAAAAUACCAAUGAUGCAGCAGUCAUUAAUGAUGAUGAAUAUUGUACAGUUGAUGUUGGUUCCGCUGGUGCUUUCAGGUUUGAUGCACUAUAG